UCCCAAAUCUCGGCAUUUUCCCGGCGAGUUUCCUUUUUGUCCAAAUUGUUCGUUCCCGAGGAUCUCGGCUCAGGGAUAUCGCGAGGUGGUCGACUGAAGUUCGAUUUGUCUCGAACUGGCCUUCGCGCUGCCGUCUCCGAGCCGAGUAGGGGCUUAUGACUGAAACUCAUUCCCACGAACUCUCUCGGCACUGCCAUGUUUUGGUGAUGGAAUAGCCAAGCGAGUUUUCUCUGAUUCUUGAGUUUAUUGUGUCCAGCUGAGUCAAUUCGUUUGAUGUUGAGCGUUUCCAUGUGUUCACUCGGGUCUAGGUCUAAGUCCGAGUCCUAAGAAGUGGCCAGCGUCGUUUUCCUCAUUUCUUGCCCACUACGUGCUCGACGAAACGCUUGAACGAAAACUGUGUAAACCUAUCUCUGUGCUGUGCAUUCUAGUCGACUGCGAAAGCUGCCUCCUCGUUCGAAGAGGGUCUUUCAAAUCAAAACAUCUGAUUAUUUUAGAAAAGUCAUAACUUUUGACUUUAAGUUCAUGUAGUCUACGUUUGUUUCCCUGAGAUGUGAGUUUAUGGCCAUGCAUUUUUUCUGUUUGAAAAGCGAAUGCGUUGGUUUGUAAAUCCAUGGGCGUUCUCCUUUACUGGAAAAAGUGUGUAAAUGUUCAUGAGAAGAGAAGUUGGCGUUGAAAUGGCCGUGAGUUGUGAGCAAUGGGCUUGGUAGGUUUAACGAGAUUUGGGAGCUAGUUUAGCCAAAUCCAAAGAUGUAUUUGCGUGUCGUCACGUUAUUAAUCGACUUGUUAGCCUUGGAGUGUGGUUUUCUCGGGUUUACAGCCAUACUUUUCCUUCUCCAGCCCAUCUUUUUGCUUGCUGGGUGGUUCGAAAUGUUAGCUCGAAGGGUUUGGUGGAGUUAGUCCAGUGAUGGUGAUCGGGGAUUGUCGACGAUGCGGAUAUUAUUCUCGUCUGUAUACGAGUUGUUGAAAGUUGGGGCGUUUGAAGUUGAAUAGUUUAGUACUCUGUGCGUUGGAAAACCCUGGCCGUUAGAUCUCGCUCCGCGUCCUGGGCCGUCUGAUCCAGGGAUUAGAUCCUGUCCGCCCAUCUGCAUUAAGGCUCUGGUAUGUCCUGAGCCGUUGGAUCGAAAAGCUCCCAUUAAAUCCCGUCCGUCCAUUUGAAAAGCUGGGUUUUCUUCUUCACCAGCUCUUCCAUGGGCAUUCCGUCCGCUGCUCCGGUGCAUCUCCGUCGCUGCUUUUGCUGCCAAGACGACGCGAUCUCCGGUCUUCAAGUAUUCCGUGGAAGCAAGGCGUUGGGAUUCUUCUUGGACGGCAAGUUGGUAAAUGCGUCCAAGAGGCGGAAUCGGAUCCAUCGCAAGGAUUUUGGCUUCGGAACGGCAGUUCAGUUGCAGGUCACACAAGCAUCUCAUGUAGUCAUGCGAUCCUCAACGUGAGCUGUUCUUGAGUAUUUGGCCCUCUUCAAAAUAUGGUUGAGGCAGCAGCUACGGCAGCAGCUGUUGAGGCAUACAGGGAUGGGAAAAGCUUAAUAGCUUAUGUUGGUCGCAAAAUUGAUUCUGCGAAUGAUCUUGAAAAGAAUUUUAGAAGGCUUAAAGAGGAAGCAGAGAAACUCUUUGCUAGGAGGGAUGACGUGGAAGCUGAAGCAAACAAAGACAAGACAAAGAAAAAAACUAAAGAGUGUGAAGCCUGGAUUGGUAGGGUUAAAAAUGAAGAGAAUGAGGUUCAAGAACUAGAAAAUAAAUUUAGAAAAGGAAGAAAACGUCCAUGGAAAGGGCGUCGCAUUUGGUCAGCUUCCAAUUUCAGUAAACGUUUGGCUGAGAAGUGCGAGGAAUUGCAUAGUCUAUGGGCAGAAGGAAGACUUGAAACAGAAGCAGUUGUCGAGAGACCACCUGAGCGUGUCAGAACGAUGCAUGCUCCGAAAACAGAAAGCAAGCCAUCAAUCCAUUGUGCUGUUGAAGAGGUCCUUGGUUACUUGCGGGACGACAAUGUGAAAAGAAUUGGGCUUUGGGGGACAGUGGGAAUAGGGAAGACCACAAUCAUGCAUAAUUUGAACGAUGAUGUAGAGAUCAGCAAAAUGUUUGACAUUGUAAUUUCAGCAUCAGUUUCCAAAGAGAGUAGCAUAGAGAAGUUGCAAAAGGCAAUUGCACAGAGGCUAAAAUUGAAUACUGAAGGGAUCAGUGAUCCACAUGAAAUAUCGUGGAGAAUAUCAAAAGAAUUGGAGAACAAAAGAUACUUGCUUCUUCUGGAUGAAGUUUGGAAUGUUUUUGAUUUACAGGCAGUAGGAUUACAUGAUAACAGCCAGGAUGGUAAGGUUGUGUUAGCAAGUAGGUACGAACAUGUUUGUUGGGAUAUGGAAGUUGAUGAGUUGGUCAAUGUGAAAAGGCUGUCUGAAGCAGAUGCAUGGAAAAUGUUCCGGGAGAAAGUGGGUAGGAAUAUUAAUCUGCCUGGUGUUGAACCACUUGCCCGUCUAGUGGUAACUGAAUGUGCUGGUUUACCCUUCUUAUUGACAGAGUUGCAAGAUAUUUCAGAAAAGGGUAACAUUAAUCUUUGGAGGGAUGGAUUAAGAAGCUUGCGGAGAUGGCCUAAUGUCAAAGUCCAAGGCAUGGACGAAGUUCUUGAAUUUUUGAGAUUCUGUUAUGACAAAUUAGAUGAUGAAGGACAAAAGAUUUGUUUCCUUUAUGGCGCACUGUUUCCGGAGGAUUCUGACGUCUAUAUAGAUUAUUUAUUGGAGUGCUGGAGAGCAGAAGGCUUUCUGAGUGAUGCAGUUGAUUUUACCGAAGCUCGUGAUCGAGGGCAUGGCAUAUUGGAUAAUCUCAUUGAUGUUUCCUUGCUAGAAAGAAGUGAAAAAAUUAAGCACGUUAGAAUGAAUAAAGUGCUUCGGAACAUGGCACUCAAAAUUUCGUCUGAAGGCAAGAAUUCUAAAUUCUUGGUGAAAGCUUGUGAGAGGCUGAAUGUGGCCCCUAAUGAAGAAGAUUGGAAAAUGGCAAAUCGCAUAUCUCUAAUGGAUAAUCAAUUGUGCACAUUACCAGAAACAGUAGAUUGCACUUCUCUUCUUACUUUGAUGCUGCAGAGAAAUUAUGAACUGGCAUUAAUUCCAAACCCGUUCUUCAGAUCUAUGGAAAAGCUUCGAGUUCUGGACUUGCAUGGCACUCGGAUAACAUCCUUGCCAUUAUCAUUGUUGUCCCUGACAGCUCUAAGAGCACUUUAUCUAAAUUCUUGCAGCCUUUUAAUUGAACUUCCCAUUGACAUGAAAGCAUUGGCACAUCUUGAGGUUCUUGAUAUCCGAGGCACUGGAAUUGACUAUUUGCCGGUUCAGAUUGGGGACUUGCUUAAUUUGAGAUGCUUGAGGAUUUCCUUAUCCAAUUCAUGUAUGAGACGGGUGAUUGAGGGACGGCCAAGAGUCAUGGACAUUGGUCACAAUGUCAUCUCAAGGCUCUCUUUGUUGGAAGAGCUUAGCAUCGAUGUGCAUCCUAAUAACCAAUGGUGGGAUGUGGUUAAAAAGGCUAUUACCCAAGAAGUGGCCACCUUGACGCGCUUAACUUCCCUAUCAUUUUGUUUUCCUUCUGUUGAGUAUCUGAAAAUUUUUGUCACUAGCAGCUCACUCCUGAAGAAUAUUUGCUUCACCUUCCGAUUCUCUGUUGGUUACCAUGAGUCUACCAAAUACCGAAUCCUUGAUCAUUUUGAGUAUGAAAUCUGCAGAUGCUUGAAAUAUGCAAAUGGGGUCGGUGUGGAUCAUGCAAUUUCUGCUGUACUUGCUGAAACUGAUGCAUUCGAACUUUUAUGCCAUAAGGGAAUUUCAAGCAUAUCAGACUUUGGCAACGCCAAUAUCAACAAGGUGCGGGGUUGCCUGAUUGAAGGGUGCUCUGACAUUGAAGCCAUGAUUGAUGGCAAUCAUUCCACAGAGGAAGCCUAG